AAUACUGUUUAUUGCCAAGAACCUAGAUAGGAGCUGAGGGUAAGAGGCAGAUACAGCUUCCUCCCAGCUUCCUGGGCUAGCAUCAUGGACUGCUCCGCAUUUACCCUGCUGCUGCUGCUGCUAGGAUUUCUCUUCCCUGUCCCAUCUCAUAGCCAGAGCUUCAUCUCACUGAUCACUCCAAAUGUCAUGCAUCCUGAGCGUGAAGAAAUGGUGUUGGUGGAAGCUCAUGGUCUCACCUUCGACAUGACAUUUACAGUCACCCUCCGUGACUUUCCAAAGAAGAAAGUUCUCUUUGAUGAGGUCACCUUCACACUGAAUUCCAGCAAUAGCACAGCCCUUGUCAAGGUCAAGAUUCCUCUAGAAAUGACAAAUCCAAACUCACCUGUGAAGCAGUAUGUGGCUAUCAGUGUGAAGAGCUCCCAAUCAGAGGUGGAAAAAGUGGUACUAAUUGGCCACCAUAGUGGAUAUAUCUUCAUACAGACAGACAAACCCAUCUACACUCCAGGAUCCACAGUUCUUUAUAGGAUCUACACGCUGGAUCUUCACCUGAAACCUGUCUCUAAAACUGUCAUUGUGGAUAUUCAGAAUUCAGAAGGCAUUGUGAUAAGGAGUCAAACAUUAACAGAUCCUGAAAAUAUUGGAAUCUUCUCUUCAACUUACUUCAUACCUGAACUGAUCACCCUGGGUACAUGGAAGAUUGUUGCCCAGUAUCAAGACGCCAUCAAAAAAACCUUCUCCACAGAGUUUGAAAUUAAGGAGUAUGUGCUACCAAGCUUUGAAGUCACAUUGGAGCCAUCCACAAAGUUCUUUUACAUUGAUGGGAAUGACAUGCUGGAAAUUGAUAUCAGUGCCAGGUACAUCUAUGGAAAGCCAGUAGAUGGUGUAGCCUUUGUCCUCUUUGGGGUAAUGAGGGAUGGAGAUAAGGAAAGCUUACCCUACUCCCUUCAGCGGGUUCCAAUAGAAGAUGGAGUGGGAACUGCCACCCUGGACAGAGCUAUAGUGCAGCGCCAGUUUGCAAAUCUGAGCCAGCUAGUCGGUCAAUCUCUUUAUGUCACCGUCACUGUGCUAACAGAUUCUGGAAGUGAUAUGGUUGAAGCAGAGAGAAGGGGGAUUGCCAUUGUGACAUCUCCAUAUCAGAUACACUUUACAAAAACAUCCAAAUACUUCAAGCCUGGGAUGCCCUUUGAAUUCACGGUCUUUGUGACUAACCCUGAUGGCUCUCCUGCUGUAGAAGUCCCAGUCAUGGUUGACUCUGUCCAUGGUAGUGUAAAAACCCUAGAAGAUGGAAGGGCGACACUGAUCAUCAACACCCCUGGGUACCAAACUACGUUACCCAUCCAAGUGAGGACAGCAGAUCCAAAACUCCCUCCUCAUCGCCAGACAACUGCAACAAUGGUGGCGAAUGCUUACCAGUCUUUUAGAGGGUCCCAGAACUACCUUCACAUCGCGGUCCCCUCCUCAAUAAUCAGGCCUGGUGAUCACCUACACUUGCAGUUCAUUUUGAAGAAUGACAACAAUGAUGUGCAGAACCAGAUCAAGUAUAUCUCCUACUUGAUGCUAAAUCAGGGAAGAAUAGUCAGACAUGGCCAGCAGACCCGGGAUGCAGGGCAAACGAUUGUAUCCACGACCUUGGAAAUUGAUUCAGACCUGAUUCCAUCCUUCCGUGUUGUGGCGUAUUACUAUGUUAGUUCAUCAGGACAGAUGGAGAUUGUAGCUGAUUCUGUCUGGGUAGAUGUGAAGGACACCUGCAUUGGCUCACUAGCAGUAAAAGGAGCAACUCCAGAUGAUGACAUCGUCCAUGAACCAAGGGCUUCCAUGGCACUGAAAUUAGAAGGUGACCCAGGGGCUUCUGUGGCAUUAGUGAUUGUUGACAAAGGUGUCUAUGUCCUGAACAAAAAGAGAUUCACUCAGAGCAAGGUCUGGAAUACUGUAGAGGAAGCAGACCUGGGCUGCAGCCCAGGUGGUGGUGAAAAUGCCCUUGAAGUGUUUACAGAUGCAGGGUUGAGCCUGAAGACCACUGUGCAGAUAGAAACCCGUCUGAAGACAGAAGUGGGUUGCAAACCAUCAAAAGGACAUCGCCAUCGAAGAUCCUUACAACUCAUGGAAGAAAAAGCAGCUCAAGUAUCUAAAUACAAGGAUCAGGAGCAGAGGCGUUGCUGUGAGCAUGGCAUGCACAGGAACCCAAUGGACCACAGCUGUGAGAAGAGAACCUCCUACAUUGUGGAGGGGAGUGAGGCCUGUAAGGAAGCCUUCCUGAACUGCUGCCGCCACAUCCAGGACCUGAGAGACAAGCUCCAGCGUUCAGAAGACCUUGUCUUGGCCAGAAGUGACUGGGAAAAUGACAUAUUUCCUGAGGAAGACAUUGUCUCCAGGAGUCAGUUUCCAGAGAGCUGGCUUUGGCGUGUGGAACAGUUGACUGAGAUCUCCAAGACAAAUGACAAACUUGCAUCAAAAAUUAUCCCUAUAUAUCUGAAGGACUCCAUCACCACCUGGGAAGUUUUGGCCAUCAGUGUCUCCAAGACCAAAAGCAUCUGUGUGGCCUCCCCUUACGAGAUCACUGUGAUGAAGGAUUUUUUCAUUGACUUGAAGCUGCCUUAUUCUGCAGUUCGUAAUGAACAGGUGGAGAUCCGAGCUGUGCUAUAUAACUACAACAAAAGACAUCCUAUUAGGGUCCGUGUGGAACUUUUGUACAACCCUGCAUUCUGUAGUUCCUCUACUGCCAACAGACGGUACCGGCAAACCCUGAGUAUUGAGCCUAGUUCCUCUCGUGUGGUGCCAUUAGUUAUUGUCCCUUUGAUGCUGGGACUGCAUGAUGUUGAGGUGAAGGCAGCUGUCUGGGGUGCUUAUGUGGCAGAUGGAAUAAAGAAAAAACUGAAGGUUGUGCCUGAGGGAAUAAGAAUCAAACAGAGUGUCAUGAAUGUUUUCUUGGAUCCAACUGAGAAGGGAGAAGAUAAUGAGCAGAACAUAAUAGUGAGAGCAGCAGAUCUGGAAAACAUCGUACCAGGCACUGAAUCAGAGACACAAAUCAUUUUCCAAGGGAAUCCCAUUGCAGAUAUUAUUGAGGCAACCAUUGAAGGCAAGCAUAUCUCACAAUAUAUUGUCCUCCCCGGUGGCUGUGCAGAACAGACCAUAUCUUCAGCUUCCCGUGCAAUCAUCAGCGCCCACUAUCUGGACAGCACAAAUCAAUGGGACAAGGUUGGGAUUGACCGCCGACAAGAGUCCAUCAACAACAUUAGGCAGGGUUUUGCCAAAGAGAUGGUAUUCAAAAAACCUGAUCACUCCUAUGCAACAUUACCUGGGAAUCCCUCCAGCACAUGGAUGACAGCCUACUUAGUGAAAAUGUUCUCCAUGGCCAGUGGAAUAGUGUACCUUGACCAAGACUCCCUUUGUGGGUCAGUCAGGUGGUUGGUACUAGAGAGACAAGGACCUGACGGGGCCUUCUUUGACACAACAAUUCCAUACUCAAGAAGCAUAGUGGGAGGCUACGAUAACAUAAAUUCUGAAGUCGCGCUCACAGCAUUCGUGGUUGCUGCGCUACAGGAGUCCAGACCAUACUGUGUGGACCGUGUGCAAAUUUUGAACGGAAGCAUCACCAAAGCUGUGGAUUUCCUUGCCCAGAAGUACCCUCAAUUAACUCAAACCUAUGAAGUGACCCUGGCCUCCUAUGCCCUGGCACUGAUGGACAGGCUGGAUAAUGAGUCUGUGCUUCUUGAUGCAGCCACUGAUGGGGAUCACUGGGAAGACACAAGAUCCCACUAUUUUGGUAUAGAGGCCUCUUCCUAUGGACUACUGAGUCUCAUACACUUGAAGAAAUUUCAAAUGGCAGCAGAAGUGGCCCAGUGGUUGAUGUUACAGAAAAUCUAUGAAGGGAGCUAUGGAAGCACUCAGACCCUCAUCAUGGUGCUACAAGCUUUGGCUGAGUAUCAGAAAAAGGUACCACAACAUAAAGAUACCUAUCUGGAAAUUUCUCUGCAUCUACCAGGCCGUCAAUCAGCUGUCAAUCACCGGAUAGACUAUUCAACUAAUAUGUUGAGCAGAAGAGCUGAGACCAAACUAAAUCAAGACUUUGCUGUGAGAGUGAAAGGUACUGGGCAAGGAACAAUGACGGUUGUGACUACUUACUAUGCAAUGCCUGAAGAACAGGAUUCCCAGUGUCAUAACUUCAGCUUGCAUAUCUCAGUGAAGAAUGAGACUGGCAAACAUAAACUAGAAGAAACUCUUGGUUCUGUGUCCAUUGAAAUCUGCAUGAGGUUCUUGGGUGACACUGAUGCUGCUAUGACUAUCCUGGAUGUCUCCAUGCUUACAGGUUUCUCUCCUGAUAUUGAAGAUCUCAAUCUACUUUCUCAAGGAGUUGACAAGUAUAUUUCCAAAUUUGAAAUCAACAAAUCCCCGUCGGACAGAGGGACCCUCAUUAUCUACUUGAAUAAGGUUUCUCACAAAGAAGAGGAGUGCCUCAAGUUCAAAGCCCACCAGUUUUUUGAAGUGGGUGUAAUCCAGCCAGCAGCAGUCAAAAUCUACGAAUACUAUGCUUUAGAGAAUCGCUGCACCCGUUUCUACCACCCAACUCGAGAAGAUGGACAGCUCAACAAGAUUUGCACUGGGGAAGUGUGUCGAUGUGCUGAAGAUCACUGCUUCAUGAAAGAAAAUCAAGAUGGCAUUCGAGAGGAAACAGCCUGUCAGCCUGGAGUGGAUUUUGUGUACAAGACAACACUCCUAAGCAUAAACCAGAGCAGCAGCCAUGACAACUAUAUAAUGAAAAUCCUGAGGGUCAUUAAACAAGGGUCUGAUGAUGGUCCUGAGGGGAAAGAAAGGAAUUUUAUCAGCCAUGUGAAAUGCAGAGAUACUCUGAGACUAGAGAUUGGUAAAGAUUACCUGAUCUGGGGUGCUAGCAAUGACCUGUGGAUGAAGAAGUCUGAGAUAUCUUACAUCAUUACCGAAGACACCAAUAUUGAGAAGUGGCCCAGUGGUGAGGAAUGCAAGGAUCAGAAAAACCAGAAGCUGUGUGAGGACCUUGAUGACUUCACCAAGAAGAUGCUAUUUGGCUGCCGCAACUAAAUGGUAGAAACGCUCUAGACAGAUCAUGAGAAUAAAUGUCUGUUGAUUGAUUGAUUGAUUGACUGAAGACAAAACCAAAUAUGAUACUCACUUGAAAUUCCCUUCCUUCAAUAUAUGACUUACUCUUCCACAGUUUAUCCUGUUUAAAUCUUGCUUGUACAUAGUUCUUUGUAUGUUGUCCCCCCCUCAUUAGACUGAGAUCCUUGAGAACAAGGACCAUCUUUUACCUUUCUUUGUAUCUCCAGCACUUAGCACACUGCCUGGCACAAAAAUGUUUACUGGACUGGUUAAUUUCCUUUUCCCCCUUCUUUAUAAAAAUAGAUUUUACUUA